AUGGCCCCAGCCCGAAAAUCCCACCCAGUUUUAAAAAUCAUUAAUUACUCACUUAUUGACCUUCCCACACCAGCCAACCUGUCUUCUUGAUGAAACUUCGGCUCACUCCUCGGGCUCUGCCUGAUUAUUCAAAUUGCCACCGGACUAUUCCUCGCGACACACUAUACAACAGACACAUCAAUGACUGUCACAACCAGCGCGCACAUCUGCCGAGACGUAAAUAACGGAUGACUCCUCCGGAGUCUCCAUGCCAACGGGGCCUCUUUUUUCUUCAUCUGUAUUUACCUUCACAUCGGACGAGGUUUAUACUACGGCUCUUAUCUUUUCAUGGAAACCUGAAACAUCGGUGUGAUCCUGUUAUUCCUGGUGAUAGCGACGGCCUUCGUAGGCUAUGUACUCCCAUGGGGCCAAAUAUCAUUCUGAGGCGCCACAGUCAUCACCAACCCCCUCUCAGCUGCCCCCUAUAUUGGCACCGACCUAGUUCAGUGAAUUUGGGGUGGCUUUUCGGUAGACAAUGCUACCCUAACUCGAUUCUUCUCCUUUCAUUUCAUUCUCCCCUUUAUUAUUGCAGGCGCAAACAUAAUGCAUCUUCUAUUCCUUCACCAAACAGGGUCAUCUAACCCAACUGGCCUCAACCAAAACUUAGACAAAGUACCCUUUCACGCCUACUUCUCCCACAAAGACACCCUAGGGCUCUCCAUUAUAAUCGGGGCCCUAGCAAGUUUAUCAACUUUCCCUCCCAACCUUCUGGGAGACCCAGAUAAUUUUAUCCCGGCAAACCCCCUCGUUACCCCCCCGCACAUUAAGCCAGAGUGAUACUUUCUAUUCGCGCACGCCAUCCUUCGCUCCAUCCCCAAUAAAUUAGGGGGAGUUUUUGCCCUUCUUUUCUCUAUCCUCGUGUUGUUCCUCAUACCAAUCCUUCAAACAUCCAAACAGCGAAGCCUCAUAUCCCGACCCCUAACCAAAUUAUUCUUCUGAGCCUUUAUCGCAAAUACUUUAAUCCUCACUUGAAUGGGGGGACAACCGGUUGAAGACCCAUUUGUCACCAUCGGCCAAAUUGCCUCCGCCGCCUACUUUGUCAUCUUCCUCCUGCUUCUCCCCCUCUCAGGGACCCUAGAGAACAAACUUCUAGAUCUAAAAAACUAG